AUCCUGACUUCUCUCCCAGGACUCGUCACCCACCCACUCCACUACAUUCACCACACCUAAAUCUCGACUCAGAAACACCCAUCCACCCAUCACCACCACCCGCCGCGAAGAUGCCGCCGGCUCCGCAUCUCCUGCAGCUGGUGAUCCAACAGUACCCCGUUUUGGGAGUUAACUCACAAGGGAGUUUCAUUGGCACUGAUAAGUACAAGCAGCGGUUAAUUAGGGCCUUCCCUACUUAUACCGAAUUACAAGUGAAGCAGGCGGUGAAUCAUCUGAGCAAGACUUCGCAGCUUCCCCCGGCAUCGAGUGCUCACCCUACCGGAGCGCAACCGCAGCAACAGCAACAACAGCAGUCUUCAGCACAAACUUUGGCGGAAUGGAUUCGCUCGACAUACCCUUCCUGCUGCAAAGGCCCGGAUGGCGCGCUAUUGAGUCGUGUGAAGAUUGUGAAGAUUCUUUUUACAAUGCUUCCCCCUCAUCUGAAGGGAGGUACUACUAUAUUUGCCCUCAAUGAUGCGGUUCGGGAGAUGUGUCUCGAAGGAGUGAAAGGAGGGCCCUCGCCCGAGUUUCCCGCCGCUUACAACUCGACGGAUGGUGCUCGCCCACAGGCCUUGGUUGGAUGGGUGCGCUCAGUGUACCCACUUCAUGGCAUAGCCCCAAAUGGCGACAGUCUGGGCAAGGAAGCUAUUCUAAACAAGCUCUUGAAAUUGAUUCCUCCGCACACCCGUCCCAAAAAGGACGAUCUAAGGAGUGCCAUUCAGACUGUGCUCAACGAGGUUACCGCAACUGCUCACGCCAAUGGAGCAAAUGUCUAUACCACCUCAGGUGGUAUUGCCCAAUCGUCCACUACACAAGUUCCUGGUCCAGGGAAUACCGAGAAACCCCGAGGAUUAGGUGGCCAACUGCGUAAUUAUGAGUUGCGCUUAAGCGGUGGGCUGGCGUCCUCCGGCUGGGUGGCUCGGCCUCUAGCAACCCCUCACGAUCAAGUGGGGCUUGCACAAGACACGAAUGGGCUGGGCUUCAACGCCAAUCCAAGGGCCAUUACCCCAGGGAUGCCUCUUCCGGAGAAACCCAUUCACCGUAACGCUAAAAUUGCCGCGGCACUUGACGUCCAUGAAGAGGACGAACAGAAGGAGCCACAGGAAAUCCCUCUCCUUGAUGAUCAGAUGUGUUUGUUAGAUACUAGCAUUCACGACCAGGACCGGAAACCCUCAGAUCUCCCGGAUAGUGAUAUCAAGAACUCUGUGCUCUUCACCGUUGAUAUCAUCGAGGCAAACAAGAAGAUUUUACCGCAAUAUGGACUACUGGGCGAAGUGUUUACGAAUGGGACACAGUCCAUCGCGGAUUCACGUCUGUUCUUAAACACGAAUCAUCCUUUUUCAGUCUUCUGCUGUGGAUUGCAAGGCGCCGGAAAGAGCCAUUCUCUGAGUUGUCUUCUUGAGAAUUGUCUGCUUCCCACCCGCACUCUCGGCAUUCUGAAACGUCCACUGUCCGCUCUUGUUUUCCAUUUCAGCCAGUAUACCUCACGAUUCAACUUCAGACCGUGCGAAGCGGCAUUCAUUGCGUGUCCGGACCUCAAGUUCAAGGACCAGCACAGUGCCGUACCGGUAACGGUUCUGGUUUCUCCAUCGAACUACGCAGGUCUCAAAAUCGCGUACUCCGAGAUCCCAGGAGUGACGGUCAAGCCCCUUCUCCUGCGGCCUCAGGAUUUGAACGUCGGGUCCAUGCUGACUCUCAUGUCGGUGAACCAAUCGUCCAGCGCGCCGCUGUACAUCUCUCACGUCACCAAGAUCCUGAGGGAAAUGGCAUCGCAGACUAACAGUUUCAACUUCAAAGAGUUCAAAUACCGCCUAGAUCAAGUCGACAUGAUGCCCCUUCAGCGCAAACCUUUGGAACAGAGGAUUGAUCUGCUCGAAUCGUUCCUGGACUUGCGGGGUACCAAUGAUGGCUUCGAAUUUCCCGAAGGCAGCAUCACUAUCGUGGAUUUGUCCUGUCCGUUCGUGGACGAAAACACCGCGUGCGUGCUGUUCAACAUUUGCCUUGGUGUCUUCCUUCAAGAUUCGACGCCGGGCGUGGGGAAGGUCAUUGCUGUCGACGAGGCGCACAAGUAUAUCACCGACACACCGGCGUCAAAGGUCCUCACCGAGUCCCUACUACAGCUCAUCCGCCAGCAGCGUCAUUACGGCGCCCGGAUCAUCAUCUCUACCCAGGAACCCACGAUCGAUCCUCGACUUAUGGAUCUCUGUUCUCUGACGCUGAUCCACCGAUUCACCUCCCCCGAGUGGUUCAAAACACUCUGCAAACACGUCUCCGUCAUGGAAGACGAUGCAAAGCUGUUCAAGCGGAUCAUCAACCUGCGCGUUGGCGAGGGUUUGAUCUUCUGUCCCAGCGCCAUCAUCCCCUCCGCGUUCCUUAGCGAAUCUCCAUUUGCCAGUGAAAUGUCGUAUGGUUAUGAUGGAGAAGAUAGUGGGUCGGGAUCUUCGGCGACGCAGGAGAAACUCGGAGGCAGGUUUCUGAGGGUCAAGAUCAGGAAGAGGUUGACUGCCGAUGGCGGAAAGUCGAUCGUUUCGGUGUAAUCCAUCUAGCCUUGCUUUGGGAUAUGGGGGGUUUGAGUGGAGCUUUGGCCAUGUGGUUUUGAUUUGAGUUUUGAUUUGAGUUUUGACUUUGGGUGGCCAUCUCCAUUCGCUCUUUAGAUGCCGCUCUUGAUGAAUACCUGUUUUUGAUCGUCUGUAUUGCAAAUGGAAUUCCAGUUUUGCAA